UGCAAACAGUGGUUGUUUAAUUUGUGAAAUCUCGGUGCAAUACGUACUUUGUGAAACUUUCCUCCAGUUUACAGAUAUUGUAUCAUCCAAAAAGAUAUCCUAGGCUCCAGGGUAAUCAUUCUCCGCUAGAACUGCACACGAUGGCGUCCGGCACUUUUACUCAGCGUCUGCUUGUGGCUCUAAUGAUCUGCACCCUGAUCGCCGACCUCACCACUCUGACUGCAGCCCGGCCACAGGAAAGUGAUGCAGCAUCGGUAGCAGCCGCCAUUCGAUACCUGCAGGAACUGGAGACUAAGCAUGCUCAGCACGCUAGGCCCAGGUUAAUACGGAGUGAACUUCCACCCAAUAUAAAUGGUGUUCACUCGGGGCUAGACAAAAUUAUUGGAUAUUUCAUCCUAGAAGCUAUCGAUAGAGCACACUCGACUGACGCUAGACCCAGAUUCGGCAAACGUGGUGGAUACCUUAACCCGGCAGUAUUUGGACAGGACGAACAAGAGAAUCUUUACAGGUUGAUUGGCAGGAUCCAACAUUUUCGAGAUGAACAACUUCCGACUAAUUUCUAGAUUAUGUCCCGAGUUCGGACAAAGGUAAUCCAUAGCAUCAUGUUUCUCCCAUCCCACCACCAGCUGGCGGCAAUACAGCUAAUGAUAUGAUCUUGAUCCUUUCGCCAAAGUUCCGGCUAAAGUUCGUUGCAUUGUGAAUAGCAAUUAAAUCGUGCCACCAAUACAAACAUACGCUCCAUCAUGUAACCUGCUUCUAAAUCUAUACCACUAUUUUCCUUUUAUUGCAUUUAUUUGAUGAAAGAAACAUGCUCCUCCCGACAGUGAAUAAUAAUAAUUAUUUAUAUACAUUAUGGAACUCUCGCACCCUAACACAAAUACACCAGCAACAUGUACUUUUACGUUAAGGAACUUGCGUGGCUACAAGUACAUCGAUGGACGAAACGGAAAUGAAAUAAAAUUAACUAUACCACAUCUAACAAAUCCUAAUACCGCUUACUUAUCUAGACUCUACACAAUUCUUCAUCUUGUACACUUUGUUUAGCUCUUAAGCCAUUUUAAGCCAUUUUAUGUUCAC